ACGGCCGAUCAUAUCGGCGUGAUUCGCAAUUUUUUUCUAAAUUUCAGUCUGGUCAAAAUUUUUGUACGAAAUCAGUUUUUGUAUUUAUUUUUACGCCGGUCUCGUUAAAAUUACAAGUUAUCAUUAUGCAGAGGGAGUGCAUCUCGGUGCAUGUUGGGCAGGCCGGCGUUCAGAUGGGGGUGGCAUGCUGGCAACUAUACUGCCUAGAACAUGGCAUCCGCCCCGAUGGAACCCUGCCUUACUUUGAAUCGGACCCCAACGCCACGGACUCCUGCUUCAACACGUUCUUUUCUGAGGCAGACCGAGGAAAAAUGGUACCCAGAGUCGUUAUGGUGGAUCUGGAAGCCACUGUUAUUGAUGAAGUGCGCUCAGGUGAAUACCGCCAACUCUAUCACCCAGAGCAGCUUAUUACCGGGAAAGAAGAUGCAGCGAAUAACUAUGCCCGCGGCCACUACACCACCGGGCGUGACGUUCUUGGACCUGUUAUGGAGCGAGUCAGAAAGCUGUCUGACCAGUGUACCGGGCUUCAGGGCUUCUUCGUAUUUCAUUCGUUUGGUGGUGGUACUGGGUCCGGCUUUACUUCGUUACUCAUGGAAAAACUAUCUGACGAAUUUGGAAAGAAGAGCAAACUCGAAUUUGCCAUAUAUCCCGCCCCACAAGUGUCCACAGCAGUAGUAGAGCCAUACAACGCGGUUCUUACCACACACGCUACCAUAAGUCACUCGGACUGUGCGUUCAUGGUGGACAACGAGGCCAUCUACGAUAUCUGCCGAAGACGGCUCUCGAUAGAGCGACCCUCGUACGCCAAUCUAAACAGGCUUAUUUCACAAGUGGUAUCGUCAAUAACAGCUUCGCUGCGCUUCGAUGGCGCUCUGAACGUGGACCUAACAGAGUUCCAGACCAACCUAGUGCCCUACCCGCGCAUUCACUUCCCACUUGCCGCCUAUGCCCCAGUCGUCUCUGCCGACAAGGAGUCCCGCUCUUCCACAUUACAAAACAGUUAUAACCAGGCUUACCACGAAGGCAUGUCAGUAUCAGAAAUCACGGCAGAACUGUUCGAGCCACAGAACCAGAUGGUGAAGUGCGACCCUCGCGACGGCAAGUACAUGGCGUGCUGCCUGCUGUACCGAGGCGACGUGGUGCCUAAAGACGUGAACGCCGCCAUCGCCGCUAUGAAAGGCAGGGCUGGCAUCAGAUUCGUGGAUUGGUGUCCUACCGGGUUCAAGGUGGGCAUAAACUACCAGCCGCCGUCAGUGGUGGCGGGCGGGGAUCUGGCGCAAGUGAAACGCGCCGCUUCGAUGCUCAGCAACACCACCGCCAUCGCCGAGGCCUGGGGCAAGCUCGACCACAAAUUUGACCUCAUGUACUCCAAGAGAGCAUUUGUGCACUGGUAUGUUGGAGAGGGUAUGGAAGAAGGUGAGUUCUCAGAAGCUCGUGAAGACCUCGCAGCGCUGGAGAGGGACUACGACGAGGUGGCCAUCGAAACGUCGGAUAUGCAUCCCGGAGACGACGAGCUGUGACGUCUACGUGGCGUCACGGACGCGGAACUGUGACGUCACACCAUGCUCUCCGCAUCCUUCCCGCUUAUCGCCAGCGCCAAUACCGCGCACAGCGCCCAAUCCAAGUUACACCACGGGGUUUCAAUGAUCUACACGUGCAAUGUUGUUGACGAUAUUUGAGUGACGGCAUUCACCGUUUCCCUCCCCCUUAGUGUUCCGUGCGACAUUUGAAAGUGAGUGCCAAAGUUUUUUUUACGGAGAUCUCGACACAGAUGGCGCCAUUGCGCGGCCCAUAAUGGCGGCCGAGGCGGACGCCACAAAACCGCGGCUGCAUUUUUUUAUAAUAUUGAAUAUGGCAGAACUGCGAAAAUUUUUAAAGGUUCGAAAAGGUCCGCUGAGGUCGGAUACUGGUUUGAGACGACGUGCACAGAGUGUAACUCCCUCGUCGUUCUCCUUUGUUUCUCCUUCGGGCAGUCUUGCGACGUUUUUUACUUUUUGGAGGAACUUUUUUAAAUUGAAUUUUAGCAAAUACUGGAAGGAGAAACGCUUGGUUCAGUUUUAUUUUUAUAUACAGUUUACAAAAUGUGUUUUGUAGAUUCAAGCGUUUGUAGCGACCGUAGGUAGAGUGCGGUGAGACGCGGUGUUAUUUUAAGUGUAAUCGUGUGUCGUUUUGUGCAAGUCCGUUUUAUGUCGUGAAAACC